AUGAUGUCAGAGGCUGGAGCGCCUAUAAAAAGUCCCUUUCCCACAGAGAGCCCAGACCAGCUAGCAGCUCAUCACCUACAACAAAGAGGACAGGCCUGUAGGAACGUACAAUCACUUGACGGAGCCUUAAGAAGCCAUCUAAAAGAAAAAAGGAGAAACCAUCUAAUCAUGUGCAGAGGACUUGAAUCACUGCCCAUCACCUGCCUGGAGAGGGCAAAGGAACUGAAAGCUCUGUUUGGGAGUUUACUGCAGAGGCCGGACCACAGCAUCAGUGGGCAGUCAAAGAAAAGUGACAAACUGAGAUUAAAUGACAUUGGCGAGCCUCUAAAAUGGAAAGAGUCGUUUGACAAGCUGCUGUCCGACCAAAAUGGACUGUGCUUGUUCAGAGCGUUUCUGGUGUCAGAGUUCAGUGAAGAGAACAUCGCCUUCUACUUGGCGUGCGAGGACUACAGGGCCACCAAAACUUCAAAGCUGGCCCCCAAAGCAAAGAAAAUCUACGAGGAGUUCAUCUGCUCUGACGCACCCCGAGAGGUCAAUCUUGACCAUCUGACCAAAGCGGUCACAAAGGAGAACAUGGGGGUGCCCACCCACUCCUGUUUCGACAUGGCCCAAGCCAAAAUCUACACCCUGAUGGAGAAAGACUGCUACCCUCGCUUUCUCAAAUCCUCAACGUACCUAGAGAUGACAAGAAAAACCAAGACUGGCUAAAAGAUUUUUCUUUUUUUUUUAAGUAUUAAAACACUGGUUCGCUUUCUCCUCUAAGGGAUGAAAGAUUACUGACGCACAGGAAAUGAGACUGGAAAGGUUCAGGUGAAACGAAUACCUCAGGCAUGAUCAGUUGUGGAAUGAUUUUAGGCCGAAGACUUAUCGAAAGGUCCCAAGUUGAUCUGGGUCCAAGCUGGAAGUUUGAAGUGCACACGAGGCGACGGGGCAAAGCUCACAGACUGAUCUGACGGCAAUGGCCGCGUCCGAAAAGAGAAAUAUGAGCCGCAACGACCAUUCAUAUGAAUGGCGAGAGGAAAGCCUCAGGCACAGGCUGCUGGGACGCAGCACAGCGGAGAGAGACGCUUUUCCCGAUGUUUAUUUAUUAUUUAUUUAUUUAAAAUGUUUACUUUCUCUGCAACAUGUUGUACCUCUUUGUAUUUUAUACAUUUUAUUUAAUUAUUUUUUUUAGUUUUCCAUCCAAAGUACUGUAUGUGAAAAGAAAAACGCAUUUAAUAAAAACGAAGGUCC